AUGGCUCGCACGAAGCAGACGGCGCGCAAGUCGACGGGCGGCAAGGCGCCGCGCAAGCAGCUGGCCACCAAGGCGGCCCGCAAGAGCGCGCCGGCCACGGGCGGCGUGAAGAAGCCGCACCGCUACCGGCCCGGCACGGUGGCGCUGCGCGAGAUCCGGCGCUACCAGAAGUCCACCGAGCUGCUGAUCCGCAAGCUGCCGUUCCAGCGCCUGGUGCGCGAGAUCGCGCAGGACUUCAAGACGGACCUGCGCUUCCAGAGCUCGGCCGUCAUGGCUCUGCAGGAGGCGUGCGAGGCCUACCUCGUGGGGCUCUUCGAGGACACCAACCUGUGCGCCAUCCACGCCAAGCGCGUCACCAUCAUGCCCAAGGACAUCCAGCUGGCGCGCCGCAUCCGCGGGGAGCGGGCCUGAGCCUGGCGCCCCCGCCCGCACCCCAAAGGCUCUUUUCAGAGCCACUCACGUGCCCUGGGGAACUGUAACCGCUGUGCCCUGGGGUCGGUGGGGUUGGUAGUUCACUUUCAGGUUGACUCCGUGGCGUCCGUGUACCUUGAACACGAGUGGUUAGUCGGGGAGGCCGUCUCUGCUAGGCUGCUGUGCGCGUCGGGUGGCGCCAGGGGGCACCCGUGCGCCAGGUGUAGAAGCUCGUCACGGGCCGAGACGGGGGAGGCUUUCCCGUUCUUGAGGUUUGUGUUGGAAGUUACUGACCGGCUCUGCUCCUUGUCAACCCCCUGCGUGCUCCUAGAGUUCGUGUUGAUGUGGGUACUGCGCAGAACUGUAGUCAGCUCUUGGGUUAGACAAACGAAAGAAUACAUGAACUGCAGGGGAGUAUUUUACGAAGUGUAAUUAAAGACCCUAG